AUGAUAUUGCUCUUUUUUCUGUUUUUUUAUCUUUUAAUCCAAGUUUUUCCUAUCUCACCUUCUCUCUCUCUCUCUCUCUGUCUGUCUGUCUGUCUCUCUCUCUCUCUGAAGCAGAUAAUGUUUUCUUUCUUUAUAUCCAUCAUCGUAUUUUUCAAUAUCUUCGUUCCCUUUAAAUAUUCUUUCUUUAUAUUUUUCUUUUUAGGAUCAAUUUGUCUUUCUUCUCUGUCGUCACCUUUUUUUAUCAUCACGAUAUUUUUCCUUCAAGUUUCUUUCUUUCCCCUCCGCCUCCUACUGUCCCUUCUCUCCUCCUCUUUACAAAUUCUCUUUCUUUCAUUCAUACCAUGUUGUUUCCAUACUACGAUGAUCUAUUUGACAUUUUCCCUCAUCAUCUGCCAUCCUCUAUUUUCCAGCUAUAAUCUUUUCAUCCUUCUUUUUUUUUCACCUUAUUUUUACUUCUCUGAUCAUCACUUUUGUUUAUAUUCAUCACUGACUACGUUAUUUGCCUUCGUCUUCAAGCAUCAUGUAAUUGUGUUAUUCUUCUUAAUAUCUAAUCACGAUUCUCCCUUUUAUUCUCAUCCUCCACUGAUUUUUCGCGACCAUUCUCUUGUUUUCCUUUAUCUAUUUUACUUCUUUCUUUCCAAUACAUUUUCAAUUUCUCGUACAGAAUUUCUUUGGUCAAUUCAUUUUCUUCUGCUCUUUUCUUUCUCUUAUUUUUUUUCGAUUUUCUUCGACAUAGUUCAUCUAUGUAUCUAUGUAUACAUCUAUCUAUCUAUCUAUCUAUCUAUCUAUCUAUCUAUCUAUCUAUCUAUCUAUCUAUCUAUCUAUACGCUGGCACACGGCCACGAGCGCGCGCACUCUCACUUAAUCGCUGCUGCUGUUUUCUUCUUCUUCUUCUUCUUCUUCUUCUUCUUCUUCUUCUUCUUCUUCUUCUUCUUCUUCUUCUUCUUCUAA